AUGACUGCCGGGAGUACAGGGGAAUAUACCCCUUUAGAAGCUCUCAACCCAAACGCGGAGGACCAUGGCGAUGAGGCUGGAGAGGAACAGUCGCAUGGCAAGCGAACUAAAGUCUGGCAGAGAGUUGAUGCCACCAGUUUUCUGGCUAUAUUGCUUGGCUUUCCGGUUCUUCUGCUCGCAGUGACACUCCUGGCCCUGUUCUGGCACGAAUCCGUGGAAGCUAUCAAUAGAGCAGAACCAAAUAUCUAUUGGGCACGGGUCGUCCAUGCAGGCUGGGCGACACGACUGGUGACGGUAUGUACAGCCUCUAUCCGGGCAGUGAUGGCUUUCCAGGCUGGACUUGUCACGGCCUUGGUUGCCGGCAUUGCUUUGGAAACCACAGGCGCGCCUCUCCUACACGCUCCAUUGUACUCCAUGCUCCGAGCAGUCAAGGCAGCUCCUAGCAACUUCUGGACCGCAACAGACUUUCGGCCUCAUCUACCACGCUUGCUUUAUGUGCUAGUGCUCAUCGAAGUCCUAGUAACAGCAGCGUCUCAGUUCCUAUCCACCAUCUUCCUAUCUGAUUUCGUGGAUGGGACCUUUACCCAGCGCAGCAAUUCGACCAAUGUCAACAUCCUUAAUGCCACGUACGGAGCCGCUGAUGCAUGGUGGUCGAUGCCUCCUGCGGCAAGUUGGACAUUCGCUGAGCUGCCGGGGUCCUUUGAAGACCAACCGAACUUUCAAGAUACCGGACACACCUUUCGAGCUUUCCUUCCUUUCGAGGAGGAGAUGCAACGAACCAGAUUGCACCGCUCCGUGGUCCAGUGCCGGUCAUGGAUCAUCGAGUAUUAUGUGCACUUGUCCGGGCAGAUUCCCACAGAAAAUUUGAGAUAUCCACUUUCAAUCGACCAGGUCUCUCAACCCUACAUCAACUUUACCUGCAUAUUGCCAGUCCCAGCAUAUUGGGACAACAACACAGUGGGCGAGACGAGCUUGUGCGUCCCCCAUACCCUCUCAAACUGGACAGUUCUCAACGAAGACCCUCUGAUCCAGCCUGCAGGAUUCGUCGAGGCUUCGAAUAUAUUCAUGGUCCUCGAUGUCCUGUCUACUAGUGCAAUUAUCGACACGCUAGGCCACACCCCAGCCGUCCAGACGAUCCGAACCGAUGGUCCUUGGACGAUAGUUUCAAACGGUUCCGCCUAUAUUGAAACCCUCCGCAUCUCUGCCUGCCUUAGCAAUCUCGCCAUGCAAACCCUCACCGUCGGAAUGAACAGUACGACCGACAAUUUCGAACCGACGACCGCCUGGGAUCAUGUCACCCAAAGUUACAACACAGAACUCUCCCGCCUUCAACUAGGCGUUUUAUCAUCGGAAAAUAUGAGCCCCGUCAACAAGCGAGGCACCCUCACGCUGGACCCCCGAUCCGAAUGGGAAACAUUCAAUCCCCCAGCGGACACCUUAGGAAUCGACCCAACUACCUUCUUCCUGGUCGUUAUUGUUAGCCUUCCCACACUCUUCAUUUCCAACCUCAACUUCUCCUACGACCCUAGCGUGAUACUCUCUCGCAGGACCACCGGCUUCAUCUUGGGCAAUUCUCAUCCGACCCACGUGGAUCUGUUUCAGGACACCUUGAUUACGACAGCCAGUCCGGCAUUGGCCGUCCAGGCCUUGCUGACCCGCAUCUAUCAGAUGGCCUACUACAAGAAAUUAGCCCAGUUGAACAGCCCAGUUGCGGCCGUGACGGCGUUCUCAAGUACCGCGACGAUUCCAGCGCAGUGGACGGGGUUUGUCCUUGGGCUUAUGCUGAUUGUCAUUCAUUCAACUAUUGUAGUAGUUGUAAUUGGCUGGUUUGUCAGAUUGACCGAAAUCUCGUUCAUUGGGAGUUACUGGCAGACGGUUGCGCAUGUGGUCUCAGAAGAGACGCGGCCAAUCCUGGAGGAGGCGGGUCGGACGGAUGAUAGGGCUGUGAGGGUGUGGGCAAAGCGGGAGGCAGUAGUGGAGUCAUUAAGAUGUCGUUGGAUUCUGCGUAGGAGUUUUAGUGGACGCGUUACUCUUGGGCCUGUAAAUGAUGGAAGGUAG